AUGGAGUCCUUUUUACUUGUGUUUGCUGUAUUUUCUGUAUUCGCCUCCUCAUAUCAAACUCUGAUACCUGAACGGGUGACUGUCGUUAUUGGAAAGCCAAUGAAUAUUUCCAUAAAGACAAAGUUACAACUCAAACAGAUCAUGGAGCUACACUUCAAACAGAACUCAUUCGUAGAAAUCGGUCCUCUGGUAUUGGACGCAUCUUCGAGAGAAGGAUUCUUGUUCCUAUCUGGAAGGCAGCCCAACAAAGGACAUCGCAUCGCCAUCGACUCAUGCAGAAGCGGCAAUAGAUCUGAUUCUGGUAACUCCACCGAAUGCCAGACGAUGCUAGAAGACUUCUUUCUGGAAGUUACGGUGAUAAAGUCGUCACUGGUGGCAGCGCUCGUCAUGAUAGUUGGUUGGGCCUACUUUACUGCGUGGAGUGUCUCUUUCUACCCACAGAUUCUGCUCAACUUUCAAAGAAAAAGCGUCAUCGGGCUCAACUUCGACUUCACAGUGUUCAACAUUGUUGGAUUCCUUGCAUAUUCCGCCUACAACGUGUUCAUGUAUUUUGACAGCAAUGUCCAGGCACAGUAUGAGCAGGCGCAUCCACAUAGUCCAAUCCCAGUUCUUCUCAACGACGUCUUCUUCCCAACGCAUGCCUUCUUAGCGUGCAGUUUUACAGCAUUCCAGUGCUUCAUUUACGAGCGUGGAAAUCAACGAAUCUCAUACACUUGUGCGACAAUUACUGUCGUGAUGGCCAUCGGAUCGCUGAUCGCUGGAAUUGCUACGGCUUUCGAUUUUAUCAACAUGUUGCAGUUUGUUACUAGCCUAUCAUACAUCAAAAUGGCCGUAACUUUGUUCAAAUAUAUCCCCCAGGCUAUUCUCAAUUUCCGAAGGAAGAGCACAGUAGGAUGGUCGAUAGGGAACGUGCUGUUGGACUUUACCGGUGGCUGUCUCGACAUACUGCAGAUGUGCUUACAGUGUUGGAAUGUCGCUGAUUUUACUGCCUUUUAUGGAAAUCCCGUGAAAUUCGGACUGGGUCUUGUAUCUUCACUUUUCGAUAUUCUUUUCAUUAUUCAACACUAUGUACUCUAUCCACACAGAAAGGAUAAGGAUAGGGAUGAUGUGGAACAGGAAGAGCAGCUCAUGAUGGAUGGAGAGAUUGAGGAAGCUGAUGACAAGGAAGGUGAGAAGAAAGACGACAAAGAUGAUAGCAGAAGGAAAGAGGAACAAAAACAAGGAGGAAAACUAAAAGAUGAGGAAAAUGAAGAAAGAGAUGAAGAGCAGGACACUAAUACUAAGAAAAGUGGAAACGAAAAACACAGCAGCAGACGCGACAGUGAAAAAUAA